GCUAUGUGGUGCGUUCCAUAAGCUAUUUUGGAAAAUUUGUUAAUCUUAUUUCGUGGAUAACUGACGUCUCUCACACACAUUUCUUUAUUAAUUAAAUUAACAAAUUGUAAUUUUAAUUAAAAUUAAAUUCAAAUACAACGCGCAAUGGCUGUUCGAUAUACUCUUUCUUCGUCAUAAUCGAUUUCUCCGCAGUAUGUGUUACACAACACACACAUAUAUCUGAGAUAUAUAAACAGUAUAACCUCUGAUAUUCCGAGAUGCUUGGAACAAAUCAUUAGAAAUGUUAAUACAGCAGCGAGAGUUAUUCGCAAUUUUCCAUCUAGCAAUAUAAAUUUCUCCGACAGCAUCAGAUAUCAGCAAUAUUUCUCGGGCAAGUAUGGAACUUAUGCGAAAUCUCAUUAGCCAUAAAUUGAGACGGUCGCUCCUGAAGGCGCCUGCAACACGCGUACAACAUGCGCAAUACGUCAGAUUGGCAGAAGUCGGUAAACUGGAAACACCAAAAUUACAGGGAAAGUACGAGGCAGGUCAAUUGAUUUUACACAGAGUUUUUGGUUAUCGAGGUGUAAUUCUGUUUCCAUGGCUGGCAAGAGUAUAUGACAGAGAUAUAUCUAAUAAAAAGGAUGAAAAGAAUAAUACGAACAAUGACGACAAAGAAGUAAAAGGCAGAACACAUACAUUUUAUCAAGUUUUAAUUGAUCAACGUGAUUGUCCUUAUAUACGUGCCCAAACAGAGGCAGUAACUUUCCUGGGCAAUCAUGAGAGUAGUCGCAGCUUAUAUGCUAUUCCUGGAUUAGAUUAUGUUGCUCAUGAAGAUGUAUUGCCAUAUACUACAAAUGAAAAAGCAGCACUACAACAUGAAUUGUUUGAUAAAUUUCUAAAUUAUCAUCCGGGUAAAGAACCAUGUUUUGUAGCACAAGAAACACUUCGAGCAUGGCAGAAAAAAAAUCAUCCAUGGCUUGAAUUAUCAGAUGUACAUAAAGAAACAACUGAAAAUGUUCGAAUUACUGUUAUACCAUUUUAUAUGGGUUGUAGAGAGAGCCAAACCACUUCUGUAUACUGGUGGCGUUAUUGUAUCCGACUAGAGAAUUUAGGUGAAUUAAGUGUGCAAUUGCGUGAGAGGCAUUGGAGAAUAUUUAGUCUGUCAGGUACAUUAGAAACUGUUAGAGGAAGAGGUGUAGUGGGUCAAGAACCUGUGUUGUCAAAAGCUUUACCUGCUUUUCAAUAUAGUAGUCAUGUGAGUUUGCAAGCUCCAAGUGGUCAUAUGUGGGGAACAUUUAGGAUGGAAAGGGAAGAUGGAUACGCGUUUGAUUGUAGAAUACCACCAUUUUCUCUAGAAUCAAAAGCAGAAGAAUCAUCCACACCUAAUGUAGAAAUCUGAUUCUUCAAAAGAAAACAGAAUGAAAUAAUUGUAAGCGACUAGUUAGUUAAACAUAUAACAAUUGUUAGGCAAUAUUACAGCUUUAAGUACAAUUGGCAAAUGGAUAAACUUGAUUAAGUGUGAAUUUUGUGAUAACUUUUGAAACUAGUUUCUAUAAUAUCAAAUUCAAUAAAAUUAUGUGUACAUAUUUUCUUCCAAAAUCCUGUUACAAUCUUCUAUAUAAAAGAUAGGAAAUA